AUGCACACACUCUCUAAGCUCUUUCUAGCUGCUCUCUCAUUGACCACCCUGGUUGGUGCUCACCAGUCACGCGCCCAUUCGCGUCACCGCCGUACUGCUGUCCGUAGACAGUCUACCAACAAAACCUACACCAUUCAGGACUUUUAUCAGGGGGAGGAUUUCUUCAAUAAUUGGGACUUUUUCACUGGUUCGGACCCCACCAGUGGCAAUGUCAACUACCAAAGCCAAUCGGCCGCACAGUCUAAGGGACUUGCAUAUGUCAAUGAUUGUGAUAAUUCGACGGUUCUUGCAGUUGAUUCAACCAGCACCGUUGCUGCCGGCGGCAAUCGUGACUCUGUUCGUAUCACAUCUCAGAAUAGCUACAACGGCGGUCUCUUUGUCAUUGACGCCUCGAACAUGCCUGUCGGCUGUUCUACGUGGCCCAGUUUCUGGACCGUUGGUCCAAAUUGGCCCUCGGCGGGUGAAAUCGACAUUGUCGAGGGCGUGAAUAACCAGGCGACAAACCAGAUGACGCUUCAUAGUGGCACGGGCCAAGGUUGUACUAUCGGAAAGUCAAAUAGUAGUACCGAUCAGUUUACCGGCCAAGUCCUCGGGACCAACUGUUACAGCACCGAGAAUGCGGACUCAGGCUGCGGCGUUGAGGACACAGACACAAGGUCUUUUGGAUACGGCUUCAACAAUGCGGAGGGUGGUGUCUUUGCACUCCUUUGGGACAACUCCUCUGGCAUGUCGAUGUGGCACUUCGCUCCACCCACGCCUUCCACUUGGGGCACUCCGUCUGGUUUCUGGUCUGCAGACACCUGUGACAUAACAGACAACUUCUACGACCACCAGAUGGUCAUUGACACUACUAUCUGUGGCAACUGGGCAGGUGGUGCCUACUCCAGUUCUGGAUGCCCAGGAACGUGCUCAGAUAUGGUCGCCAAUGCUACUAACUAUGUCGAUGCCAAGUGGAUUAUCAACUAUGUCGCUGUCUACCAAUGA